AUGGGAAUCACUUCGCUACUCGCCUUGUUGGCGGCCAUCGCGCCGGCCACAUUGGCACAGGAUAAUUCAAGCUAUGUUGACUAUAAUACCGAACCUCAACCGAACCUUUACUCCGAGACAAUGAACGUCAUUGAUUGGGCGUUCCCAGACUGCUCCGAUGGUCCCUUGAGCAAAACAAUUGUUUGCGAUACAUCAGCGAGGCCUCACGAUAGGGCCGCCGCCCUUGUCUCCAUGUUUACCUUUGAAGAACUCGUGAACAGCACCGGAAACCUCAUUCCACCUAUUCCCCGCCUUGGGCUCCCGCCGUACCAAGUUUGGAGUGAAGCUCUCCAUGGAAUCGAUCGCGCCAAUUGGACAGAGUCAGGAGACUUCAGUUGGACCACGGCAUUCCCAUCCCCUAUCCUCUCAAUGGCUGCCUUGAACCGCACCUUGAUUAACCAAAUCGGUGACAUCAUCUCAACCCAAGGCAGAGCAUUCAACAAUUACGGCCGUUAUGGACUGGAUGUUUAUGCCCCUAACAUCAAUUCCUUCCGUCACCCUGUUUGGGGUCGUGGCCAGGAAACCCCAGGUGAGGACGCGAACAUUCUGUGCGCGACUUACGCCUUCGAAUACAUCACCGGUAUUCAAGGAGGUGUGGAUCCAGUCCCUCUGAAGCUUGUUGCCAAUGCGAAGCACUUUGUCGGUUACGAUAUUGAGAACUGGAACAACCACUCGAGACUGGGCAACGAUAUGAUCAUCACCCAACAGGAUCUGUCAGAGUACUACUCGCCCCAGUUCAAGGCUGCUGUUUUAGAUGCCCGAGUCCACAGCGUCAUGUCAUCAUACAAUGCAGUGAACGGGGUUCCUUCUUCCGCGAACACUUUCUUGUUGCAGACUCUCCUGCGAGACACCUGGAAUUUUGUUGAAGAUGGCUAUGUUUCUUCCGAUUGCGAUGCUGUGUACAAUGUUUUCAAUCCCCACGGCUAUGCGUCCGACACAGAGCUUGCUGCGGCCAAGAGCAUGUUGGCCGGCACGGAUAUUGACUGCGGAGAGACAUAUCAGCUUUACCUCAAUGGUUCCUUCACAAAGGGUGAGAUCUCUCGCAGCGAGAUUGAACGCGGCGUGAUUCGGUUAUAUUCUAAUCUUGCGAGUCUGGGAUACUUCGACGGAAAGGACAGCAAAUACAGAGACCUUGAUUGGUCUGAUGUCGUUGCCACCGAUGCCUUGAAUAUUUCCUACGAAGCCGCCGUAGAGGGCAUUGUUCUCCUCAAGAACGAUGGCACCUUGCCUUUGUCCGCAAACACUAGCAGCGUCGCUUUGAUAGGACCCUGGGCAAACGCGACCACGCAGAUGAAAGGAAACUAUCUCCCUCUCUCGGCCUCGGAACUUGACGUCAACUACGCCUUUGGAACUAACAUCUCUUCCGAGUCAACUGAACACUUUGAUGCCGCGAUCGCAGCUGCGAAGAAAUCCGAUGUCAUUAUUUUCGCGGGUGGAAUUGACAACACAAUCGAAGCAGAGGGCAUGGAUCGCCAGGAGAUCACAUGGCCCGGCAACCAACUUGAACUCAUCAAGCAGCUCAGCGAACUCGGAAAGCCUUUGAUCGUUCUUCAAAUGGGCGGUGGCCAGGUGGACUCUUCAGCACUCAAAGCUAGCAAGAAUGUCAACUCAAUUGUUUGGGGUGGAUACCCUGGACAGUCCGGCGGUCUUGCAAUCCUGGAUAUUCUUACUGGCAAGCGUGCUCCAGCAGGCAGACUGACAGCUACCCAGUAUCCAGCCAAGUAUGCUCAUCAAUUCCCCGCAACGGAUAUGAGCCUGCGGCCAAACGGAAGCAACCCGGGUCAGACGUACAUGUGGUAUACUGGCAAGCCCGUUUUUGAGUUUGGACAUGGUCUGUUCUACACUAAAUUCAAAGCAUCACCGGCCAAAUCUCAGGGUCCUACCAACGGAACAACUUUCGAUAUCGACAAGCUUCUUACGCGUCCUCACACUGGAUACAACCUCGUUGAGCAGUUGCCUUUCAUGAACUAUACUGUUAACAUCAAGAACACUGGCUCAGUAGAGUCUGACUAUACUGCCAUGGCCUUUGUCAACACCACGGCUGGUCCCACUCCACACCCUAUCAAGUGGCUAGCCGGAUUUGACCGUUUGGGCUCACUGAAGCCAAAGUCAUCCCAGACAUUGACCAUUCCCAUCUCGUUGGACAAUGUUGCUCGUACUGAUGUUGAUGGAAACCGCAUUAUUUAUCCUGGCAAGUAUGAGCUGGCUCUAAACAAUGAACGGUCAGCCGUUCUGAAGUUCACUUUGACUGGUGAUGCUACGACUAUUGCUACUUGGCCGAAGGAGGAGCAACUCAUUGUCCCUUCAUAG